UACAGAAGGCUCAGUGCCUGUGGCUUAAGCGGCUAAGGCACCAGCCACAUACACCUGAGCUGGCUGGUUCGAAUCCAGCCCGGGCCCGGCAAACAAUGACAGCUGCAACCAAAAAAAUAGGCGGGCAUUGUGGCGGGCGCCUCUGGUCCCAGCUAUUUGGGAGGCUGAGGCAAGAGAAUCGCUUAAGCCCAGGACUUGGAGGUUGCUGUGAGCUGUGAUAUCACAGCACUCUACCCAGGGCGACAGCUUGAAGCUUUGUCUCAAAAAUAAAUAAAUAAAAAUAAAGCUGAUUUAUAAAAUAAAAUAAAUGCAGUAAAACAUAAUAUCUGGGUAUUGUUUCCUGUCAAGGUUCUAAGCCCAAUCCUGUCCCGUCUUCUCUCCCUGUUAAAAGAGGCAUAUCAGUGUUAGGAGUGAUGGAGACAAAGAGCACCCAGUGCAGACUUGCUCCUUCUGUGGUCUGAAAGUUUGGAAGGACCAGGGAUUGCCAUCUUUACUAAGUGACACUGUUAAUUGCAGACAGGCAAAUGGAAAUGGCAACCAUAUGCCUAGUAGCUAUUAUGUACCUUUGUUUUGUGGUCAGCUACUCAUGGUUUCUACUCUGGGGACUCUUUAGCAAUUAAUAUUCCUCCUGUGGGUUUCCUUUCCUUUAUGAAGAGGAAUCCUAUAUUAAUACCAUGAUGUGUUAGUGCUCAGCACCCCUGACCUCAAACGCACACACCACCAGGCACUUAGUAAGCACUCCCAUAUUUGCUGAGUACCUAUCGUGCUAAAUGUGUGUGUCCAACCAUUUCUUCCCUAAAUUAUGUUUGGACUUGACAGCUUAGAGCUCAGGUUGCCUGGGAGAGAAGUAGAUGUUCUGGAGAAUGAUCCUGGGCAGUGAUCUCUAAAGCAGUUUGGAAGUGAGACCUGAGUUCAUAUCCUCCCCACUUUGUUAUUCUGACCUUGGACAGUGACUCAACUUCAGGCCUCAAGUUUUCUCUUCUUCAAUAUGGAGAAUGAAAGCUGAAGGGGAAGUAUUGCAGAGCAUGGCCAGCAAAGUCCAGAGUUGAAGUGAUUGUUUGGCUAAGUCCCAAAUGACCUAUAUCAGCCUACCAUGUGAAGAUCUGGAAGAAGUGCAAAAAUCUGGGGGUGGGAGUAAGCUCAUUGAGAGAAGGGAAAACUCCAAGGGGUUCCAUUUACAUCGUGUUCAAUAGAAUUGUGCUUCUUAGUGCUUCUCCCUGUGGCUGGAAUGCAGAGGGAGACAGGGAUACAAUGUGGGCUGGGGCAGUUGCCUUGGCUGCCUUGUGAGUCUGUGUGAGGUUUAGAUGUGGUACGCAGCCUCUAAGAAGGUUCCUGGUAUUCCCAGUCUUGUGAAAUCUCCUUUCCUUGAGCGUGAACUGGGUCUAGUGACCUACUUUGGAUGAAUACAGCAAAAUGGUGGGAUGUAACUUCCAAAAUAAGAUUACAAAAUUAGCCAGGCAUGGUGGUGUGUUACUGUGGUCUCAGCUGCUUGGGAGGUUAAGGCAAGAGGAUCUGAUUUCUGUUACUGCACUCUAGCCUGGGUGACAAAGCAGGUUCAAACCAGCUUGAGCAAGAACGAGACCCUAUGUCUAAAAAUAGCCAAGUGUUGUGGUGGACGCCUGUAGUAGCUGCUUGGGAGACUAAGACAAGAGAAUCAUUUGGGCCGCACCUGUGGCUCAACGAGUAGGGUGCCAGCCCCAUAUACCCGAGGUGGUGGGUUCAAACCUGGCCCAGGCCAAAAAAUACAAGAAAAAAGAAAAGAGAGCCAUUGCAGUACAUUGAGCUCCAUAGAGACAGCGCUGGGGCAAGUGAGAGCCGGACGGGCACUGGGCGACUGUGCCUCGCUGAGGAAAAAUAAUUAAACAUGGGCAAAGGAGAUCCUAAGAAGCCGAGAGGCAAAAUGUCAUCAUAUGAAUUCUUUGUGCAAACUUGUCGGGAGGAGCGUAAGAAGAAGCACCCAGAUGCUUCAGUCAACUUCUCAGAGUUUUCUAAGAAGUGCUAGAGAGGGGGAAGAGCACGUCUGCUAAAGAGAAAGGAAAAUUUGAAGAUACGGCAAAGGUGGACAAGGCCCGUUAUGAAAGAGAAAUGAAAACCUGUAUCCCUCCUAAAGGGGAAACAAAAAAGAAGUUUAAGGAUCCCAAUGCACCCAAGAGGCCUCCUUGGGCCUUUUUCUUGUUCUGUCCUGAGUAUCGCCCAAAAAUCAAAGGAGAACAUCCUGGCCUAUCCAUUGGUGAUGUUGCAAAGAAGCUGGGGGAGAUGUGGAAUAACACUGCUGCGGAUGACAAGCAGCCUGAUGAAAAGAAGGCCGCAAAGCUGAAGGAAAAAUACGAAAAGGAUAUUGCUGCAUACCGAGCUAAAGGAAAGCCUGAUGCAGCGAAAAAGGGAGUCGUCAAAGCUGAAAAAAGCAAGAAAAAGAAGAGGAGGAAGAUGAAGAAGAUGAAGAUGAAGAAGAUGAUGAUGAAUAAGUUGGUUCUAGCACAGUUUUUUUCUUGUCUAUAAGUAUUUAAUCCCCCUGUACACAACUCACUCCUUUUCAAGAAAAAAACUGAAAUGUAAGGCUGUGUAAGAUUUGUUUUUAAACUGUACAGUGUCUUUUUUUGUAUAGUUAACACACUACCGAAUGUGUCUUUAGAUAGCCCUGUCCUGGUGGUAUUUUCAAUAGCCACUAACCUUGGGCAGUCUGGGGGUUGUAAAUUGGCAUGGAAAUUUAAAGCAGGUUCUUGUUGGUACACAGCACAAAUUAGUUAUAUAUGGGGAUGGUGGUUUUUUCAUCUUCAGUUGUCUCUGAUGCAACUUAUACGAAAUAAUUGUUCUGUUAACUGAAUACCACUCUGUAAUUGCAAAAAAAAGUUGCAGCUAUUUUGUUGACAUUCUGAAUGCUAAGUAAAUACAAUUGUUUUUUAUUAAAAAAAAAAAAAUAGGGGCGGCGCCUGUGGCUCAAAGGAGUAGGGCGCCAGGCCCCAUAUGCUGGAGGUGGUGGGUUCAAACCCAGCCCCAGCCAAAAACUGCAAAAAUAAAUAAAUAAGAAAAGAAUCACUUGAGCCCAAGGUUUUGAGGUUGCUGUGAGCUGUGAUGCCAUGACACUCUACCAAGGAUGACAAAGUGAGACGCUGUCUCAAAAAAAAAAAAAAAAAAAUUACAGGCUUGGUGCCUAUAGCACAGUGGUUAUGGUUCCUGCCACAUACACCCAGGCUGGUGGGUUCAAACCCAGCCUGGGCCAGCUUAACAAUGACAACUGCAACUACAACAAAAAAAAAUAGCUGGGUGUUGUGGCAGGCGCCUGUAGUCUCAGCUACUGGGAGGCUGAGGCAAGAGAAUAUUGCUUAAGCCCAAGAGGUUGAGGUUGCUGUAAGCUGUGACACUAUAGCACUCUACCGAGGGCAACGUAGGCUCUGUCUCAAAAAAUAUUACAAAGACUGCCUCCAGAUGACUUGCUUUUGGGGAAACUAACUGCUGUGUGAGCUGUCUGGAGAGAUUUGGGUAGCAAGGAACUGAGGGAAAUAAACAGCUAGUGAGGACAGGGUCUCAGUCUAGUUCCCACAAGGAACAGGAUCCUUCCAAUGGCUGGCUGAAUUUGGAAGUGGAUCCUCCCCCAUUCCAUCCUUCAGAUGAAACUGUAGCCCUGGCUGGGCUCAGUGGCUCAUGCCUGUAAUCCCAGCACUGUGGGAGGCUGAGGAGGGAGAAUUGCAUGAGCUCAGGAGUUUGAGACUCGCCUGAGCGAGAGUGAGACCCCAACUCAUGAAAAAAAUGGAAAAACCCAGCCGGCGCCUUAGCGAGCGCCUGUAAUCCCAUCGGCUUCCAGAGGCCGAGGCAGCCGGAUGCCCACAGCCCGAGUCUGAGGUUGCAGUGACCUACCACGCCCACUGCACUCUGCUCAGGGGCAUAGGGUGGGACUCUGUCUCAACAACAAAAAACAAAAAAAGCAAAGAAAUAAAAAAUAAGCAAUGAAAUAAAAUAAACAAACAAAAAAAAAGAAACUGUAGCCCUGGCUAACAGGUUGAUUGCAGCCUUACAGGAGGCCUAGCACUGGAGGCAUGCAGCUAAGCCAUCCAUAUUUCUGACACUGAAACAGUGAUAAGAAAUAUUGGUUUUAAGCUACUGUUGUUUUGGAGUAAUUAAUUACGCAGCAAUAGAUAAAUGCACUGGGCUUGGGGAAAUGAAGUCACUUCUACCAUUUCGUGGCUUCAUCAGUAAUAUGAAGGGCUGAUGAUUAAUUGCGUUCUCCUUUCUAAGUAUCCAGAUACUUCACACACUCAUAUACCUGGUCUUUGUUCAUGGUUGUCUUCCCUACCAGAGGCUGUUGGUGUCCUUUCCUUGAGCUAUAUAACUAAACUGGUCUAAUCUGUCCAAGUACAGAUUAAGCCAGUCAAAACCAGUCAUGAAUGGCUGGAACUAGUUUAAAUUGUCCACAACUGGCCAAAAUCAGUCCAAGCUGGUGUAAACUGGUCAAAUCCAGUUGAAAUUGGUUAGGACUGGCCGAAACCAGUUCUAACUGGUUUAAACCAGAUAUUUAGACAAAACCAGUCAUAACCAGUUGAGAUUGAUCCAAACUGAUCUAAAUUGUUUAAAUUGAGGUGAAACCAGCCAUGACUGGCCAAGACCAGUCAAAACUGGAUAUAUGGCUGAAACUAGUCUAAACUGAUGAAAACCAGUUAUUUAAAAGGUGAAAAUGGGAAAGUUCUGUCGGGAUAAAGUGGCUCAUGUCUGUAAUCCUAGCACUCUGGGAGGCCAAGGUGGGUGGAUCUCUUGAGCUCAGGGGUUAGGAGACCAGCCUGAGCAAGAGCCAGACCCCAUCUCCAGUACAAAAAAUAGAAAAAGAAAAUUGCUGGGCAUUGUGGCAAUGCCCAUAGUCCCAGCUACUUGGGAGGCUGAGGCAGGAUGAUCCAUUGAGCACAGGAGUUGUUUUUUUUUGAGGCAGAGUGUCACUAUGUCACCCUGGUAGAGUGCUGUGGUGUCAUAGCUCACAGCAACCUCAAACUCUUGGGGCUUAAGUGAUUCUCUUGCCUCAUCCUCCCAGUAGCUGGAGCUACAGGCGCCCGCCACAAUACCCAGCUAGUAUUUUUUUUUUUUUUUUGCAAUUUUGGCUGGGGCUGGGUUCAAACCCACCACCCUUGGUAUAUGGGGCUGGCACCCUACUCCUUGAGCCACAGGUGCUGCCCCCAGCCCAGCUAUUUUUUUGUUGUCAUUAUUGUUUAGCAGGCCCUGACUGGGUUUGAACCCACCAGCCCUGGUGCAUGUGGCCUGCACCCUAACCACUGAGCUACAGGCGCCAAGCCAUGAGCACAGGAGUUUGAGGUGGCAGCUAGGCUGAAGCCAUGUCAUUCUAGCCUGUGCGACUUGCACUAAAUGCCCUGUCAAUCUGCUGGAUAUAUUUAACCCUUACAAGAUCCCCAUGAAGUGAGGUAGCACAUGAUGUUUGUGGGCCUGGAAAAGACAAGUCUCAACCCCUCCACUUAACUGGCUGUGUAGCCUUAGAGGAGUUCGUAACUCUGUACAUUUCCACUGACACGUAAAAUGGGGUUAUAAAAGCCCCUCCAGAGGUGACACAGAGUGGCCAUGUGAGUUAAAGUAUACUUGGUGAAUGCUUUUUAACUUUUGGAGGUUAUUUUUAUUCUCAAUUUACAUAGAAAAGAAGGAAAGGCCCUGAGAAGAGAAAUAGCUUAGCCCAUGUCACUCAGUCAGGAAGUGGCUAGUGAGCAGGAAUAGUGAACAUGGUGGGACCUUGCCUAGCCCAAGGCCCCUCGUACAAUAUUCACUCAGUACUUUAGAGGUGAGGUUGCUCCUGGUAAUCAAUGGGCUGCCUUGUUCUGCCUCUCAGCACAGGACAUUCCAAGGUGGUUUUCUCUACAGGCUCCUUUGGUUCUGUCCUGGUAGGGGACAGUAGAGGAGCCUAGGUAUCUAAUCCGACUCAAGAGAAGAUGGAAUUGAAUAUCUCAAUGUAGGGGACUGGGCCUCUGAUUGUUAAGGGUGGGGGGGCUGUCACUUGGAGCAGUCUGGGCUGCUUGGGCCUUGUCUGGGCAUUUCCUUGGGCUGGCAGCCCACACCCUGUCCUUGGAAUGGUUCUGGCUGGGUAGCAGCCUCCAGGUGGACAAAAUUUGGGACUGGUUUAGGGCGGAGACAGAGCUGAGAACACAAGUUUCCUUGUGCUCCAGAGGGGGGUGAGGGCAGAAGGAAAUUGGAGUCUCCAUUCUCCCCCUGGUCACUCUCUUGCUCACAGUCCAUGAUGGCUUGGUCCCCAGUGUUCCUUGGUGUCAUUGUCUUGCUGUCUGCCUUCCCAGAGCCUUGUGAUGGGGGCCACCCCAUGCCCAAGCUGGCUGACCGGAAGCUGUGUGCUGAUGAGGAAUGCAGCCACCCCAUCUCCAUGGCUGUGGCCCUUCAGGACUACGUGGCCCCUGACUGCCGUUUCCUGACCAUACACAGGGGCCAAGUUGUGUAUGUCUUCUCCAAGCUGAAGGGCCGUGGGCGACUCUUCUGGGGAGGCAGUGUUCAGGGCGAUUACUAUGGCGAUUUCGCUGCUCGCCUGGGCUAUUUCCCCAGUAGCAUUGUCCGAGAGGACCAGACCUUAAAACCUGGCAAGAUCGAUAUGAAGACAGAUAAAUGGGAUUUCUACUGCCAGUGAGCUUAGCUUACCGCUGUCCCUGCCGAUUUUCCUCCCGGACUUCAUGCAAAUACAUCAACUAAGUGCAAA